AUGGGCAGAACUACAGCCACCACGCACGUGUAUGUGACUAUUGUGGAUGAGAAUGACAACGCACCCGUGUUCCAGCAGCCCCACUAUGAGAUCUUACUAGAUGAGGGCCCGGACACAAUCAACGCCAGCCUCAUCACUAUCCAGGCGCUGGACCUGGAUGAGGGGCCCAAUGGCACAGUUACCUACGCCAUCGUUGCGGGCAACAUCGUCAACACCUUCCAUAUGGACAGACACACGGGCGUCAUCAGUGCUGCCAAGGAGCUGGACUACGAGAUCAGCCAUGGCCGAUACACCCUGAUCGUUACUGCCACAGACCAGUGCCCCAUCUUGUCACGCCGCCUCACCUCCACAACCACGGUGCUCGUGAAUGUGAAUGACAUCAAUGACAACGUGCCCACCUUCCCCCGAGACUAUGAAGGGCCAUUCGAUGUCACUGAGGGCCAACCAGGGCCCAGAGUGUGGACCUUCCUGGCCCAUGACCAGGACUCAGGCCCCAAUGGGCAGGUGGAGUACAGCAUCGUGGACGGAGACCCUCUGGGGGAGUUUUUGAUCUCUCCUGUGGAAGGCGUGCUUCGAGUCCGGAAGGAUGUGGAGCUGGACCGGGAAACCAUUGCCUUCUAUAACCUGACCAUCUGUGCCCGUGACAGGGGGGUGCCCCCGCUCAGCUCCACGAUGCUGGUGGGGAUCCGGGUGCUGGAUAUCAACGACAAUGACCCUGUGCUGUUUUCAUGA